AUGAGAGAAGAUAUGGUUUGGACUUACCCAGAAAUUUCAAAGGAAGAUUUCAUGAAGCUGUUGAAAGGGUUUGUGGAUUUGCUCAUCCUUGCAUCUGGGUUUCAAUCUUCUGGUCUUCCCGCUCAUUGGGAUGCUGAAAAUUGCAGGAAAGCUCUUCAAUGGGGUCUCUUCUUCGAAAACAUGUUAAGAAGCAUAACUAGUUCAGAUUCAUUUGGGGGAUCUAUGAGAGAGAUCGACGAAGCUAUAUCCGAGAUGAAAUCCAACCCCUUGUUCCCAAAGGGUUUAGAGAAUCUAUCAUCAAUUACUCUCUCAAAGGGAAGAGAAUUUGUCUUAGAGCAUUUGCUGAACAACUCAACAUUGAAUGAUAAACAACUCCAAGCUAUUCUGGUUGCAGCAGUUGAAUCUGGUGACGGUAUCACAGACGUAAUCGAUGAGAGGCUCUGCAAGAGGCAAUCUGUUGUGUCAUGUGUAUCAGCACUUGAGAGAGGUUUGAACAUUCUUUCUAAAAACAUAGAGCCAAAAGAGUUUUUACAGAGAGAAGACAAGGAUACAACUUUCUUGAGCCGGAGACAACAGCCUAUUGAGCUUUCAACAUGGAACAUCUGGCAAUCAAAAGGUCUAUCUUAUUUUCUCAGUAAGAGAACGUUAAGGCUGGUUUCUGGUGUUAGCUUGAUAUUUUCUGCACCAAAAGCUCAGUGGACAGAAGUGUUAAGGAGACUGGCUGAGAAGGAUGAUGAUAUAUUCAUUGAAAAGAUUGAGCUAUUGUUACUAGGAUGCGUAACAAGCAGAUGGGCUCAUUUAAUCGAAGGUUUCAUGUCGGUUUCUUACAAAUCUGUCACUGUGUCCGAACAAUAUGAGGAGUUGUGUAAGCUGCUUCUUCAAAGAUCUAAAACCUUAAAACAGAACGAGAUUGCUCUGGAUUAUAAGGUUGAAGAGAUUCUUGAGUAUCUAACAGAAAUACUGGAGAGUCGUUCUCAUCAUCUCCUCUGGAAAUUGCCUUGUGCCCUCACCGCAGCUGCAAUUCCAUCAUGGUCACCACUGUUUGGUCUGUAUUUUGGCGAAAUAGAGAAACAGUUGAAACUAGACCUCUCAACAACAAGAUCUUGUAGCUGCGAUAAAGAUCUAAACGAGCACAGGGACUGUGAGCUUGCAGAAAGAGUUUGGUCCUUGUACAUCAUGCCACCAAACAAUUUGAAUGGCCAUAGAUCAUCACUAUCUUCAAGUAAGAGAACGAUCCAGAAACGAAAAUUUUGUUUUCUGGUAAACAAGAAAGCACUUAGCGCGUGGGGUCUGCUUUUAGGCAUAUCUUUAAUCUUUUCGGGUAUAUAUCCUAAACAACGUCGUCGUUUUAUGCUAUGGACGGUUUUAUAACAACCGGUUCUUUUGACCUAACAGUCAAAAUCUCACUUCUGCCUAAUCUUUCCAGCAAUUUCAGACAAUCCAACUGAAAAAGAGUUUGCGUCAGAUUAUAUGCUUUUUGAUGAUAAAGUUUUUAUUUUUGUCAAAAGUGGAAUUAUUCGUUCGUUGAGAUUUUGAUUCACCGUUGUCCGUUGGUAUAUAAAAUAAAGUUGUAAUUUUGAUUCUCCAUCAAAAAGUGGGACGUGUUAUGAGUCUUAUGACCCGUAAAUUAGGCUUUGUGAUGUGGAUCUGACACUAACCAAAAUAGCAAACUUAUCUAUAACCUAAAUAUUAAAAUAUGAUAUAACAAAGCAUCAAGUAUUUUACCACUAAAGCAGAUUCAAGCUUAGGAAUGUUGGUGCGUGAGUAAAUCUAAACUUAUGGACGACAACAAGUAUACUAAAAAGAAAAUAAACCAUAUAGUUCUUGUAAUUUAUGAUUAACAACUACUACUAUCAUUAUAUUUUGUGUUUUAAUGAAAACUAAACCACAAUAAGUAAAAUAAAAGGUGCAUGAAAUAACACUUUAUCUAGUGCGUAAACAAGUGUGAACCUGAGAUAUGAAAAAACAUAAUUUUUGUAUAUUGUUUCUUUUUGUUUGUUAAAAGGGUCGUUUAAAAACCUAGCUAGACCAUGAUUUGCCUAUAGAUGAUUGUGUUUAGCCAAAACUAUGAUGUAAAUACGUCACGGGGUAGUCUAUAAAAGUGGUAAUAGAUUAAAUUAUUGCUAUAACAUUUCACUUUUUUCUGUUAGACAAAAAAUUGGAUAUAUGGUGGAGAAUGAUGCACUUUGGACUAUUCUUUGACUAUAUUAUACACUUUUAGUCCACGAAUUAUAAACACACACGUUGCAAACACGAUAUCCUCUCUCUCUCACUUUCUAUCAAAUGUUAGCUCUUUAAAUAUAUUUCUCAUUCUUUGCUUCUUCGUUACAUACUUACAUCUAAAUUUUCUCACUAUCACAAAUCACACACAGAGAGUAAAGAAGCUAUGAACAAACAGUGUUUGAAGAGACUUCAGUUCCGGAAAUGGGGAAAGAGAAUCGGUAGUAGCUCAACGACGGCUUCAGGGAGUACGCUAGGAAACACAGAGGAAAGAGCGAUUGUGGCGUUUGCGUUCUCGUGUUGCGGGAAACCGCGCGUUCUCGUGAAGCAGUUUGUUUGGAGGGUGAAAUCGCGUUUGAGGCUGUCGCGGAAGAGUGAUAGUAAUAAUAUUCAGUGUAGCUAUGAUCUCCGGAGCUAUCAUCUGAAUUUUGACGACGGUUGGUCUCGUCGAUGGUGAUUUUUCAAUUAUUAUUAUUACAUACGGAGUCAUUUUAUUUUCGUAUUUUGUAUAUACUCAGUUUCUCAAUCUACAAAGAUAUUUUGGUUAUCUUCGUCUUUCUUGCGUGCAAACAUUUGCAAGAUCUUGAAAUUUUUGUUCACAUGCUUUGUAUUUUUGUGUUGAUUAAGAUACCUUGUCAAAUAUAGCAACAAAAUUUUAUCAGGCUUGUGUGACUAUAUUCUUUUUUUGUUUCUUAAUUAGUACAAAUAAUCUUAUACUCCCU